UACGAACGUGAGCUACGGAUAAUUAUAAGUAAUUUCAUUGUGCCGUUUGCAGUUGAAUAUUAUUCUACAGUAUUGUGCGUUUUUACGUCAGAUAAGAUAACACUACUAUCAAGGCACCAUUGCAUUUUAACUACCUAUAACUAAACUCCAGAUAUUAUUAUUAUGUCAUUACCUUCUUCAUCAAGUGGCGAUUUGAGUCAAUCAUCAACGAAGUACCAUUCAGAUGAACAGCAAGAGGCAAUUGACACCGAGAACCAUGAAAACCACAAUAGUUCCAACGAUGGUAGGGAUGGAUUACAGUUGUUGGACAUAUGGCGCACGUGCCCGGUGGCAUUGAUCCGAUCAGAUCCGGUAAUGCGCACGAUUUAUGAUAGGGGUUUCCAAUCCGGAUUUUACAGACACAACCCGAAGGAGUCUGUAGAAGCGUCAGUGAUCACACUACUCACAAAAUCAACUGAAACGUCGGAAGCUGCGUCAGAGAUAAUAUCUGCGGGCGCCGAAUUUGAGUCACCGUCAAAAAGCAGCAUUAAUGACCAACUUAUCAGAAGUUGAUUUGGCGGUCGGGUCGGCGUUUGAUAACGCUAUUGAGUCGGCCUUGGACUGCGCAGUACAGAUUGCAGAAACCUCGAUGCAGGUUGCCCUCAAGGCCCGA